AUGAUAGAGUUUAGUCUUUCAGGAUACUUAACUAGAUUUCAAUCUAGUGACAAGAGAUCUUUCCCACCGGUGGAAAAUCCAUCGAAUGAGUUAAACACGGUUAUUGAUCGUUUGGCGGUCUCUGCUGAACAGAUAGAUGCAGAUGAAGAGACAUGGGAUUCAUUGGUGGAUUUAUGUCAUGGAUUUGCACACUUGUCGAACAAAUUACAAUCACAACUAAGUUAUUUAAUAACGUCAUCAAUGAGUAAUUUGGCCAUUGAAAUUAAAAACAAUCUACACAACAAUUCUGGUCAAUUGGAAGUAGUAGAUCUACUUUCACAAUGGAGAAUACACUUAGAGGAAUAUGGUUAUUUGGUUUAUGUGAUCUUAUGUUUUUUACAGGAAGAUGUGCAUAUCGCAGCUGCGCAAACAACAAGCUUAGGACGUGGUGGAUCUAAAAGAUCAAACGCCAAAAGCGGAGCUGUAGAGCUCUUUAAAAGGACGUGUGUUCAAUUAGAAUCCAUGUGCGAAACUAUAUUAAAAAUACUCGAUAUCGAUCUGGGUAAACUUUUCCAAACUACCGCAGAAAAGAACAUGUUCAUCGAAUUAUUCACGAAACCCUUAUAUCUGCUGAUAGAGGUAGAACCUGCUGUAAAAGUGAACUCUUUGAAAAUGUUAAUACAAAGAAUUAUUUCCAUGUCUGUUAAGUACCAUAACCAGGAAUCUAGUGCCGAAAAUGCCAUUAUGACAAAUUUAACCUAUUUUUUACAUCUAUCCAAUUUUAAUGCAGAAUUAUUACAGACUUUGAAUGACGUUUAUGACUACCCUCAAUUGACUGAAGAGGUUCUUAGAGACAUUAGCUCUCGUAUUUUCAAUUCAAAGGAUACCACUGGCCCAAAGGCUAUUUCUAAUUUCCUCAUAAAACUUUCGGAGUUAUCACCACAAGUUAUGCUUCGACAAAUGUCUUUGGUGAUUAGACUUUUAAACAACAGUUCCAUCACCCUGAGAUGUUCUGUGGUAGAAGCAUGUGGUAAUAUCAUCAUUGGUUUGACAAAUGAUAACGAGCAAAUGGAUCAUUAUAGACAACAAAUAUUAGUUCUUCUGGAACUAUUGGAGGAACGAUUCUUAGAUUCAAACCCUUACGUAAGAACCAAGGCUAUUCAGGGAUGCAUCAAAAUUUGUGAUAUUAGUUCAAAAUUUAAUAAGAGCAGAUCGAGGUUUGCCAAAUUGGCGGUUUGUUCGUUGCAAGAUAAAUCGUCCUUAGUACGAAGGAAUACUGUUAAAUUACUGUCUAAAGUUUUAUUAAAGCAUCCUUUUGGAGCAAUGCACGGUACACAACUCAAAUUAUCCACUUGGCAAAAAUACCAUGCUUCCGCUCAGAGGAAACUUAAAGAGUAUUUCGAAAAGAAUCGGAAAUCGGAAACCUUAGAAGAUGCUAUUGAAUCUUCUCUAAGGCAAGAUGAGCAGGAAGAACGAGAAGAAGAUCAGGAAAUGGCGGAUGAGUCAGAUUCUAACUUCAAGGGUUCUCAUUUAUAUGGUGAUGAAUUGGAAAAUGAACAUCAAUUGCAUAAAUUUGAAAGGGAAAGUGAAGUAAUGAAUUCUAUGGAUAGAAAUGCCGUUCUUAAGCUCAAACUUCUGAUUGUUUAUUACGAAGAUGCAAUAGAAUUCAUCAAGGAUAUACAUGAAAGCUUAAAACUUGCAGCCAAUUUACUUUUCUCACGAAAUAGAAAUGAAGUUUUAGAAACGAUGGAUUAUUUUGUGUUAGCGGACGCCUACGGAUUGGAACCUAGUAUAAUUGGUGUUAAGAAAAUGCUUCAUUUGGUUUGGAUGAAGGGAACAAAUGAUGAAGGAACCAAUAUCUCAUCUCACUUGGUUAGUUGUUAUGAACAAUUAUUUUUAACAGCUCCUGAUGGAUUCAACUAUAGAGAAAGAUCCUCCUUUAUUGCCAAAAACUUAAUCCAAUUAACCAUUGGGGCUUCCGUCGCCGAUAUUGCAUCGUUAGAACAAUUAAUGAUCAUGAUGUACAAUCAACAAUUGAUUGAUGAAGAAGUGAUUAAUAUACUUUGGAGCAUUUACAGUUCUGCUGGUGGUGACAAAGAACAAGCAGUAAAAUUCUCACAGAAGCAAUAUCACGGUUCAGUCAUCAUUUUGGGGAUGAUAUCAUUGGCUAACCAUGAGAUCGCUCUUCGAGGUCUUGACUUUCUAUUGAACGUGGGCCUUGGUGAAACAGGCGAGCAUGAUUUAGUUCUUUGCCGAUACUCAUGUUUAGCAUUAGAAAGAAUGAUACCCAAGGACCACAGUGUAUUUACUCCCCUAACUAGUGAGGAUAGAGAAGUUGAGGUCGUCAAAAAGCUUUAUGCCAAGAUAAUAGCUUAUACCACUGACUUAGAAUGUUAUCCAAUGCUGGAACAAGCACUAAAUGCUCUUUUUACAAUAUCUUCGAGGCCUGAUGUUGCAGCCACAGAUUUAAUAAGAGAAAAAACCAUGAUGACUUUUGGUAAAGUGGAAGGAGAUGAUUCAAUUAACGGUCCACCAACCUCCCGUGUGGUUUCCUUGAGUCAGUUGCUUUUCCUUGUAGGACAAAUUGCCAUUAAGACUUUGGUUUAUUUGGAAUCUUGUGAGGCAGAGUUCAAGAAGAGAAAAAUAGCCGCCGAGACACGUCAGAGUAAAGAGAAAGAAAACAACAAACAGGAGGAUAAGAGCGUGGAUCAAAGCCAUGAUACUGAAUUAGAAAUGAUUGGUGGAAGUAAUGAAGAUGAUUUCGCAGAUGCUAUUAUUUUCAUCAAAGAGAAAGAAUUACUAUUCGGUGAGAAUUCAUUGUUAAACAAAUUCUGUCCGAUUGUUGAAGAAAUAGUUUCCAAUUACACAAGGUUUAGCGAUCCAAUAUUGCAAAGAACAGCAGCCCUAUGCUUGGAAAAAUUCAUGUGUGUUUCUUCUAGCUACUGUGCCAAAAGUCUACCGCUUUUAAUCACCGUGAUGGAAAAAAGUUCAGAUCCUAUUAUUCGAUCAAAUGCAGUUCUUGGAUUAGGUGAUAUGGCUGUUUGUUUCAAUAAUCUAGUCGAUGAGAAUACGGAUUAUUUGUACAGGAGGCUGCAUGAUGGCAAUUUAAUGGUUCAAAGAACUUGUUUGAUGACCGUGACGUUUUUAAUUUUGGCUGGUCAAGUCAAAGUUAAAGGCCAACUGGGACAAAUGGCUAAGUGUUUAGAAAAUCCUGAUCAAGGUGUCAGCGAUAUGUGUCGAUUGUUCUUCACGGAAUUGGCCACUAAGGAUAAUGCUAUUUACAAUGGGUUCAUCGAUAUCUUUAGCAAUUUAUCCGCUGAUGAAGAUUUGAACAAGGAUGGCUUCAAAAGAAUCAUCAAAUUUCUAUUAUCGUUUGUGGAUAAGGAAAAGCAUCAAAAGCAACUGACCGAAAAAUUACUGGGUAGGCUAUCCAAGUGUGAAAGUCAAAAACAAUGGAGCGACAUCGCAUUUGUAUUGAACACUCUACCUUACAAGAAUGAAAAAAUCACAGCUGCAUUAGACGAAGGUUUUAAAAUAGUUCGCGCAAGGGAGUAA